GACGCAUAAUAUGUGGGCCGCUGUGGAGCCGUGGUCGCGCUGUGUGUGUGUGUGAGUGAAGAGUGAGUGCGGGACCUGAGGCUGUGUGUGUGAACUGUGGCCACUGGCGGGGUCGGGGGGGGGGGCAGUGGCGGAGCCGCCUCGGACGAUAAGGAAAUUGAGAUUUGGAGAAGUUAAAUAACCAAGACUUCACAGGCAAAGCAAUGACUACAGUAGUGGUACAUGUGGACUCCAAAGCUGAGCUCACUACCCUGCUGGAGCAGUGGGAAAAGGAACAUGGCAGUGGGCAGGACAUGGUACCUAUCCUUACCAGGAUGUCUCAGUUGAUUGAAAAAGAAACUGAAGAGUAUCGUAAAGGGGAUCCAGACCCAUUUGAUGAUCGACAUCCUGGUCGAGCUGAUCCAGAGUGUAUGCUGGGCCACUUGCUGAGAAUACUCUUCAAGAAUGAUGAUUUCAUGAAUGCAUUGGUGAAUGCAUACGUGAUGACAAGCCGAGAGCCCCCUUUAAACACUGCAGCUUGCAGACUCCUACUAGACAUCAUGCCAGGGCUGGAAACUGCUGUUGUCUUUCAAGAAAAGGAGGGCAUUGUUGAGAAUCUUUUCAAAUGGGCCCGAGAGGCUGAUCAACCAUUGAGGACAUACUCUACUGGACUGUUAGGAGGUGCUAUGGAAAAUCAAGACAUUGCUGCCAACUAUAGAGAUGAAAAUUCACAGCUGGUGGCAAUAGUGCUUCGAAGACUGAGGGAGCUACAGCUACAGGAAGUGGCUUUGCGGCAGGAAAACAAGCGUCCCAGUCCACGGAAACUCUCUUCUGAACCCCUUUUGCCUCUGGAUGAGGAGGCUGUGGAUAUGGACUAUGGUGACAUGGCUGUAGAUGUAGUGGAUGGAGACCAAGAGGAAGCUUCUGGAGACAUGGAGAUCUCCUUUCAUCUUGAUUCAGGCCACAAGACCAGUAGCAGAGUGAACUCAACAACCAAACCUGAGGAUGGAGGAUUAAAGAAAAACAAGUCAGCAAAACAGGGUGACAGAGAGAACUUUAGGAAAGCCAAGCAAAAGUUGGGUUUCUCAUCUUCUGAUCCAGAUCGCAUGUUUGUUGAGCUGUCUAACAGCAGCUGGUCAGAAAUGUCCCCCUGGGUGAUUGGCACCAAUUAUACCCUUUAUCCUAUGACUCCUGCUAUCGAGCAGCGACUCAUUCUCCAGUAUUUGACCCCUCUAGGAGAGUAUCAGGAGCUACUUCCCAUAUUCAUGCAACUUGGAUCACGGGAGCUGAUGAUGUUCUAUAUUGACCUGAAGCAAACUAAUGAUGUCCUGCUUACAUUUGAGGCACUAAAGCACCUAGCAUCUCUCCUGCUCCAUAACAAAUUUGCCACAGAAUUUGUUGCGCAUGGUGGAGUACAGAAAUUACUGGAAAUACCUCGUCCUUCUAUGGCUGCAACUGGUGUAUCUAUGUGUUUGUAUUACCUAUCCUACAAUCAGGAUGCCAUGGAAAGAGUUUGCAUGCAUCCCCACAAUGUUCUGUCUGAUGUGGUGAACUAUACCCUGUGGUUAAUGGAGUGUUCUCAUGCUUCAGGAUGCUGCCAUGCUACCAUGUUUUUUUCAAUUUGCUUCUCAUUUCGGGCCGUCUUGGAGCUCUUUGACCGCUAUGAUGGUCUUCGUCGUCUGGUGAACUUGAUCAGUACUUUGGAGAUUCUAAAUUUGGAAGAUCAGGGUGCACUUCUGAGUGAUGAUGAAAUAUUUGCUAGCCGCCAAACUGGGAAACAUACGUGCAUGGCCUUGCGCAAAUACUUUGAGGCUCACCUGGCCAUUAAAUUGGAACAAGUGAAGCAGUCACUUCAGAGGACUGAGGGUGGCAUUCUUGUCCACCCGCAGCCCCCGUACAAGGCAUGCUCAUAUACUCAUGAACAGAUUGUGGAAAUGAUGGAAUUUUUGAUAGAAUAUGGCCCAGCACAGCUAUAUUGGGAACCAGCUGAAGUCUUCCUCAAACUUUCUUGUGUGCAACUCUUGUUGCAGCUGAUUUCUAUUGCCUGCAAUUGGAAGACCUAUUAUGCAAGGAAUGACACUGUGCGCUUUGCUUUGGAUGUCCUGGCUAUUCUAACUGUGGUCCCUAAAAUCCAGCUCCAGUUGGCAGAAUCGGUGGACGUGUUGGAUGAGGCUGGAUCUACAGUCUCUACUGUAGGUAUCAGCAUUAUUUUGGGAGUGGCUGAGGGUGAGUUCUUCAUCCAUGAUGCUGAAAUUCAGAAGUCAGCACUUCAGAUUAUCAUCAAUUGUGUGUGUGGCCCAGAUAACCGAAUAUCCAGUAUUGGUAAAUUUAUCUCUGGUACUCCUCGGAGAAAGCUGCCUCAGAACCCCAAAAGCAGUGAGCACACCCUGGCCAAGAUGUGGAAUGUGGUUCAGUCCAACAACGGCAUCAAGGUGCUCCUGUCCUUACUGUCCAUUAAGAUGCCCAUCACAGAUGCAGACCAGAUCCGGGCCCUGGCCUGCAAGGCCCUGGUGGGCCUGUCUCGCAGUAGCACUGUCCGGCAGAUCAUCAGUAAACUGCCCCUUUUCAGCAGCUGCCAGAUCCAGCAGCUGAUGAAGGAGCCUGUGCUGCAGGACAAGCGCAGUGACCAUGUCAAGUUCUGCAAGUAUGCUGCUGAACUCAUUGAACGGGUGUCAGGAAAACCACUUCUCAUUGGCACUGAUGUUUCCCUAGCACGACUGCAGAAAGCAGAUGUUGUUGCCCAGUCAAGGAUCUCCUUCCCUGAGAAAGAGCUGCUUUUGUUGAUACGAAACCAUCUUAUUUCUAAAGGGCUUGGAGAAACAGCAACCGUGCUGACAAAAGAGGCCGACCUGCCCAUGACUGCUGCCUCCCAUUCUUCUGCCUUUACCCCAGUCACUGCUGCUGCUUCUCCUGUCUCUCUACCCCGAACCCCUCGUAUUGCUAAUGGCAUUGCAACUCGACUGGGCAGCCAUGCUGCCGUGGGUGCCUCUGCCCCUUCUGCCCCCACUGCCCAUCCUCAGCCACGGCCUCCCCAGGGUCCACUAGCUCUGCCUGGCCCAUCUUAUGCUGGCAACUCCCCUUUGAUUGGUAGGAUCAGUUUUAUCAGAGAGAGGCCGUCACCCUGUAAUGGCAGGAAAAUCAGAGUGUUGCGGCAGAAGUCGGACCAUGGCGCCUACAGCCAAAGCCCAGCCAUAAAAAAGCAGCUGGACAGACAUCUUCCUUCCCCACCUACGCUGGACAGUAUAAUCACAGAGUAUCUUAGAGAACAACAUGCUCGCUGCAAGAAUCCAGUUGCCACUUGCCCACCUUUCUCCCUCUUUACUCCUCACCAAUGUCCUGAGCCAAAACAGAGGCGGCAAGCGCCAAUAAACUUUACCUCAAGGCUAAACCGCAGGGCAUCAUUUCCAAAGUAUGGAGGGGUGGAUGGCGGAUGCUUUGAUAGGCACCUUAUCUUUAGCAGAUUCCGUCCUAUUUCAGUGUUCCGUGAAGCCAAUGAAGAUGAGAGUGGCUUCACCUGCUGUGCAUUCUCAGCUCGGGAGCGGUUCCUGAUGCUUGGCACCUGCACAGGGCAGCUGAAGCUCUAUAAUGUGUUUAGUGGACAGGAGGAGGCCAGCUAUAAUUGUCACAACUCAGCCAUCACACAUCUUGAACCUUCCAGGGAUGGGUCCUUGCUGCUGACAUCUGCUACUUGGAGCCAGCCUUUGUCUGCACUUUGGGGAAUGAAAUCAGUAUUUGAUAUGAAGCAUUCCUUCACAGAAGAUCACUAUGUUGAGUUCAGUAAGCACUCCCAGGAUCGGGUCAUCGGCACAAAAGGAGACAUUGCCCACAUUUAUGAUAUUCAGACUGGCAACAAGCUGUUGACUCUGUUUAACCCAGAUCUUGCCAACAACUACAAGAGGAACUGUGCCACCUUUAAUCCUACAGAUGAUCUUGUCUUAAAUGAUGGCGUCCUCUGGGAUGUCCGCUCUGCGCAGGCCAUCCACAAGUUUGACAAGUUCAAUAUGAAUAUCAGUGGUGUUUUCCAUCCGAAUGGACUGGAGGUGAUCAUUAAUACUGAGAUUUGGGACCUUCGAACUUUUCAUCUUUUGCAUACUGUUCCUGCUCUGGAUCAGUGUCGCGUGGUGUUCAAUCACACGGGAACAGUGAUGUAUGGAGCUAUGUUGCAGGCAGAUGAUGAAGAUGACUUAAUGGAAGAGAGGAUGAAAAGCCCCUUUGGGUCAUCCUUCCGAACAUUUAAUGCAACUGACUACAAACCUAUAGCAACCAUUGAUGUGAAACGGAACAUCUUUGACCUGUGUACAGACACCAAAGACUGCUAUCUUGCUGUCAUUGAGAAUCAAGGCAGCAUGGAUGCGCUGAACAUGGACACAGUAUGCAGGCUGUAUGAAGUGGGCAGGCAGCGUCUGGCAGAGGAUGAGGAUGAAGAGGAGGACCAGGAAGAGGAAGAACAGGAGGAAGAAGAUGAUGAUGAAGAUGAUGAUGACACCGAUGAUUUAGAUGAGCUUGACACUGACCAGUUGCUGGAGGCAGAGUUGGAGGAGGAUGACAAUAAUGAGAACGCAGGGGAAGAUGGGGACAAUGACUUCUCUCCGUCUGAUGAGGAGCUAGCAAACCUUCUAGAGGAGGGAGAGGAUGGGGAGGAUGAAGACUCUGAUGCAGAUGAGGAGGUGGAACUGAUCCUAGGGGACACUGAUAGCUCUGACAACUCUGAUUUGGAAGAUGACAUCAUCUUAUCCCUGAAUGAGUGAGGAACCAUCACUGCUUGGAAGAGAUUCUUGGCAGGCGAGAAACUGAGUCAAAUGAAUUCACAACAUAUUCCCUUCUCUUUCUCCCAGGGCUGUCUGUCUUUUAAGGAGCUGCAUGCCCUGCAUUCAGAGGAUUAUGGCUUAGAGAGCCUCAUUGGCACCCGAGAGUCCUUCCAGAAACAAUAACAACCACAAAAAUGACAACAGGGACUACUAGGCCCUACUCUGCACCCCCCCACCCCCACCCCCCACCAUUUCCUAGAAUGGACAUAUCUUUCAAGGGAAAAAAAAACAUGUCUCUGGGGUAUUUCACAAUAUAUUUUCUUUGUAUAAUGUUCUUUACUUAAAGAACAAGAAAUAGUUUUUUAUAAAACUUUAAAAAGGAAAAAAAAACAGGCAUUUAUAACUGAGGGUAUGAACUUAUAUCCACCAGGUCUCUUGUCCCUGCACUUCAUUUUCUUUGGAAGAAAAUGAUGUCUAAAUAACAAUAUAGAGGCAUUUUUACAUACGUAUUUAAAUGAAAAGGAAAAUCGUGGUUUCUUAAAUUGAUAAGGAUUAAGAAUAUUUUAUUAUAAAUAUAAUAUAUGAUUUUUUAACCUGUUUUGUUGCCUCAUAUGCUGUCAGGUUAAUUUGUUUUCCUUCGUGCCAGAGUGGGGGAGGAAGACACUCUGUCUGCUGGGUAAAUGCCUAAAUUCACUCACCUUCAUGAUUUGGGGGCAGCAUGGUCAUUGUGGAUACUGGUUUUGUGGAGUUGAGGGAACUUAGGAUAUAAGUUCACUCCCUCUAUUUUUCUUUGUGAUUCAGUUUUUCAAAAAUCUUUUUUUCUUCCCUUUCUCCCCAAUGUGGAAAUUACAAAUCAAAGGCCUUUUUCUUUAAUGUAAAGUGUAUUUAUUUAAAAAAAAAUACAAAAUAAACUACAAGUCUGUC